AUGUCCUCAAUGCGGUUCAUGAUGGCCAACCCGUUUUACACCCCUCAUAUACUGGUCCCGCGAGCACAUCGCCCUCUCGCCAACCCGAUUCCUCCACCGCCCGACCCCGGCGAUCGACUCAUCAAGCAGCUUCGCACUGCCGAAGUCACAUGCAGCUGUAAGACGCGCCUAAGAACAUCAUCCGACCAAGCGUUCUGCGAAGUGUGGAUGCUUCGCCGCAAUGACCCGAAACCAGACGGGUUUUUCGCGGAUCAAGACGUCCACUGUCUGUUUGUAGCUGUAACCUUGCCAAUCAACUGCAGCAUUGCAUAUCAAGAGCGUGCCAGCCCCGUGGCAAUUGUGGACAAGUUUGUUGGAUGGAGAGGGAAUUUGGAUGCCCCGACAUGGGCGAGAUGGGAACCGGACAAAGCACACCUGUUCCUGUCAAUGAGGGCGGCUGUAGCAGAAGUCUUCGGGGAUUUAGCACUCACAGAGCAUAACACCGAGGUGGUGAGUUACCUUCUGUUCCAUUGA